GGGCAGCUUCUGGGCCGCGGCCGCAUCGUCCAGCAGUUGCUCAUCAUGUACCUGGCAGACCGACCGCCGGACGUCUUCCCGCGUGCUGUAAAGACUCACGGCAUUGGGGUCGUAAAUCCUGACCCGAAUAUGCUGCGAGCACAGCUGCCGGCGCGGGCGUCCGACCUGGCUGGCGCUAUCACGGUUGUGUGUGUCGACCAGGUUCGCAACCGGGCGGAGCUGCUGGAACGUGUGCGAAAGGCGCCAGGUCUACAGGUGCGAGGACAGGUCAUCGUCGCCUGGGUCCGGUUCUUGCAGCACAACGAUGAGGAGGAGCUGGCUGUUGAUGAGGAUGCUCUGCAGGAGUACGAACGCAUGGGCUGUGCUGCAGGUGUGCGGCAGUUCCAGGACGUGGUGGAAGCGGCUGUACGUGAUGGCAAUCUUGCCGAUGCAACUGCGGUACCUGACAUGGAUCCUGUAAGACCGGUGCAGCCAACACUGGCGGAUCCGACCCCGAAUGCAGGACCGGUGCAGCCAACGCUGGCGGAUCCGACCCCGAAUGCAGUGCAGGGCAAGACCCUGGACCGGGGCCAUUCACCGCCAUCCUGCGUGGACCUGUCGACCAGCCAGUUGAAGGUGCACCAGUACUACGCGUUUGUCCUGGGUACUUUCAAAGCUCACCGGGGUCAGCCCAUCCCCCCCGGGCUGACUGUAAAGGAAGCCUACGACACCUGGUGGGCAGAGCUGGGCACUACCGAGGCAGGUCGCUCGUACCAGGCAUACGUAUCGGUGCUGCUGGACAACAUCGAAGAGGACCACGCUGGGAAAGCCCGCCGUCAGGCGGAGUACAACCAACGGCGCCGCCAGCAGCGUGCAGCAGCGGCAGCAGCCGCGCUGCCUGAAGGUGACAGCACGAGCGCUUCGGAUGGAGAUACCGAUGACGGCAUCCGCGGGCAUCUCAGGCCUGAUCCUGAAACACAGCCGCCCGCCGAGGACCAGCUGGAGCACUUCGUGUACAUCCCAGGUCAGGAGUAUCCGACGGCUGGCACCGACCUCGCCGCCGUCGCUCUUACGGACCUGUUUGACUGCACCAACGCUGCUGGCGUGUAUGCCUAUAAUGCAGCACGGCGCUGCCGGGCCCCGGCCCUAGCGGAUGGCCAUGGUGCAGGCAGCGAUCGUUUCAGCCGUCGGAUCACACCAGCGGACCUGCCCCUCCUGACUGAAGCAACCAAGCGUCUGAAGCGGUAUCUCGUUGCCGCAGCAGCCGGCACUGUUGAGGCAGAUGGGGGCGCCCACACGGGACUGACGGCCACACCUGAGAUGGACACCCCUCGUGUCGAGCUGCACCGCCCCACCAGCGGACCCCUGGUCGCCAUCGUGCGCAUGCCUGGCACUCCUGAGCGGACUGAACAGGCUCGCAUGCCCAUCUAUGUGCACCUCCCCCAGCCGCCCAGCAUCGACGACACCAUCGAGCUGUUCACGCUUGCCCCCCACCAGGCCGUGCCCUUUAUGCUCAUGGCUCGGUACUUCGAUCAUCGCGAUGAGCCCAACCCUGGCGACCCGCCGCAGAUGCUUGUGGAGGGCAAGCCCGGUACCGGAAAGAGCCAGUUCGUACAAGCGCUCCUGUGGUACACCUUCCAGCAUGGCUGUCCGCACUGGGCGGCCACCUGCGCCUACUCAUGGGCUGCUGCAACUGCCUUCAGCACGCCGGUGCAUCGCAGCCUCUCUACCCACGCCAUGUUCGCCCUAUCUGCUGGCAGCAACCGAGCGGACAGCGUCAGGAAAGGCAGCGCAGCCAGCCUACAGGUGCAUCGGAAUGUCGGUGAUGGUGCACUCAUCAUUGACGAGAUCGGCAUGAACAGCCUGGACCACCUGGGUGCGUGCAACCAGUCCUGCACUCGUCACCUGUUGCCGCCACCGCAUCUCGCCGGCGACCACCCCGCCGCCACCAUCUUCAGCGGCCGUCCCAGCGCCAACACGGGCGACGAGUUCCAGCACCCGAAGCCAGGUGGCCCGCCCCUCUACAAGUACGCCGCUGCUGUGGAAUGCAACCCUCAGUUCUCGCCCUCUGUCCCAACCGUGCAACCUCUGCACGGAGACGAGGACAACGAUGGCGACCCUAAUGAGGCCGCCGCUGGAUCUCAAGGCAGUCAGCAGCAACCCGAAGCAGCAGCACGCCGGCCCCGGGCCGUCCCACAGACGCAGAGCUGCAUACUUGAGGGCUUCCGGGUUUACCGAUCCCUGGCUAAGACGGUCUUCUUGCUGGAGAAGCAGCAGCGCCAGGACAGCAGCCCCUCUGGUCGUCGCCUGACAGAGUAUGCCUCUAUGUUUGGCGGUGAGCCAGCCACCGAGCAGCGCAUAGCCGAGAUGGUCGACGACCUUAACAGCCGCGCCAUCGUCGACUUGGCCGACCUGGCACACCUCGAGCCGCGCGUCGUGCUGCAGAGGAACGAACCACGCCACACACUCAAUACCCGGCUCAUCAUGCUGGAGGCACAGCGCAAGAAGCAGCGCCUUGUGGUGUGGAAUGCGGACCACGUCCCUGUCCAGAAGCGCGGUGCUGCUGCGGAACCGGCCCUGACACACGUGGAGAAAGCAGUUGCGAUGCGGAUCAAGGAUCACGAGUUUGGCCACACCACCGCCGACACGUGGUACUACCAUGGCGCCCGAUACAUCCUCCUUGAUACGACUGCUGCCGAUGCCGGAGCGAGCCACAACAAUGAGGUGGAAGCCUGCGGCCUGCUUGAGGAUGGCCGCGAGCCAGCCGAUGAUGGCCGUGGCCCCUACCGCCGGCUCAAGUACCUUCCAGCGGCUGUCAUUGUGCGGCCUAUAAGCGGCCACAUCCCCGGCACCGUGCUGCAGGGCCUUGGAGACUACGCCAGCAGGGGUGGUGCCUUCAUCCUGUCACCCCGGGCGUCUUGCAUUGCCGAGGUCGACAUGCCUGCCGCCGGGUACGGCACCAUCACAAAGCAGAUCCGGCGCCUCAACGUACCGCUCGGCGACCGCCAGGCGGUCACCGAUUACUUCGUGCAAGGCCGCAGCUUCAAAGACGAGUGCUGGCUGGUGGAUCUCGCUGUCCCACCCAACGGCAUCAAGCGCGCCACCCUGUAUGUGCUGCUGACCCGCUUCAAGACGCUGGACCACGUCCGUCUGCUCCGGCCGCUCUACACUACACCGCACGAGCGCAAGAGGAUAAUCAAGCAGUUCCUCAGCGCGACUAACCUCGAGCCGGACCUGGCCGCCAACCUGCGCCUGCUGAAGCAGGCAGCGCGCGAGACCGAGCAACGAUAUACGGCCGAGUUCCAGCAUGCACGACAGCUGGAAGCGCGUUGGGCCCCCUCGGCCCAGAGCUAG